GACGUAAACUCUACCUUUGGAACACCCAACCUCUUUUCGAUUGUCAUAUCUGCUUCAGAGUGGGCCAUUAAGAUUUCACGAAUUGCUAUUGGUUUGUUAAUGUGUAAGUAGGACCUGGCACGGGUUUUUUUUCCCCCCGCCCCUUCCGAGUUGUGGCAGCUAUGGUAAACGAAUGUUUGGCAGUCAUCUUUUCGGGACAGCAGACUUCAGCCGGGAGAUGGUGUCGCCUUUAAAAAUGAACAUGGGUGCCAAAAAGUCUUCAAGCGCUAUGAACGUGCUCGCUGUCAUCAUGAACGUGACGGUCGUGGUCGUCAUCGCUGUGCUCUUGUGGUAUUUCAUUGCCUUCGAUCCAAGCGCUAAAAAGGAAACCGCAGACGAGAACGUUCAGCUGGUGAACACGGCCGAGCUGGAGCUGAAGGCCAACGGCUCCUUCCUGCUGCGAAACAUUGAGGGCAACGUCGUUCUGUCGGGGAGCCUGGGCGUGCCGCGGGGCGCCGCCUGGGACCAGGUCCUCCCCACGGCCUGCAGCGAGGCACCUGGUGCCGGCACAGUUGCCUGCUGGGAGUGGAUCGGCCCGCAGGCUAAGGCAAGGGGCAUCUGCUUGCUUAGGGGUCGACGCUUGCAAAAAAAAACACCCGCUGGGAUUUUUGCCUGCACCUCUUCUGACGCGUUCUGCUCCGUCGUUGCCUGUUCCACUGUACGCAUCACUCCGACGACGGUGUUGUUCUUGUUCUGUGCUGACGCACCACGGAUCUACCUUGCAAACUUGCUGGGCAACUUGCUACACAGGACUUUCCGUGUAACAAAUACAUUGAUUGAUAUUACAGGACCCUAUGUCACACAGGUGGCCUCCUCCCAUCUAAUAUAUAUACACAGAUGUGUCGUGCUGCAAGUGAAACUAGGAAUAAGUGUGAACCACUCGACCACAUCAAACAUCUCCUGCCACGAGUUCCACUGGGAGACGACCAGCGAGGACUUUGAGCCCUUGGACUGCUUCAGCAUGGCCAACGCACACUGGUACGGUGCUGCGGAGAUGUACUCGCAGCGGUGGCCCAUCAACUCGUGGAACAAGACCAUGUCCUUCUACCUGUCGGGCGACAUGUUCUCGGACGAGCAGCAGUACGGUUCUCUGCUCGAGCGCUACUGGCUCUCCUCGGCGGGCGCGGCGCUAUGGGGGGACGCCACCAGCCCACUCCACGCCAGCAUCAAUGGCAACGGCGACGGCCGCAUCUGCCUCAAGGGCUCCUACCGCAACGCCCCCUACCCAUACCCCGCGGCUGGCGCGUGGGACGCGGGGGGCGUGCCGCCGCCCAGCCUGCGCUACGCCACGUGCUCGGGGCCGGACAUCGUGAGUACGCACGCCCACGUGGUCUCCGAGCGGCUGGGCAGGCCCACGGACGUGCCCGACGAGCGGAUGAUCCGGCGACCCGUCUGGUCGACGUGGGCGCGCUACAAGGUGGGCAUCAACCAGAGCAGCGUGCUAGGCUACGCGCGCGAGAUCCUCGCCAACAACUUCGGCAACAGCCAGCUGGAGAUCGACGACGGCUACGAGACGCACUACGGAGACUUCACCUUCGACCCCGUCAAAUUCCCGGACGCAGCGGGGAUGGUGCGUGAGCUCAAGGCGAUGGGCUUCCGCGUCACCACGUGGGUCACGCCCUUCAUCAACACGGACUCGCCCAGUUUUAAAGAAGGGGCAGACAGAGGCUACUUCAUCAAGGCCGAAAAAAACCACGUGCCGGGCCUGCUGAGGUGGUGGAACGGAAUAGGUGCGACCGUCGACAUGACCAACGCGCUGGCGCGCUCCUGGUACGUCGCCAAGCUGGAGCACGUCCGCACCACCUACGGCAUCGACUCCUUCAAGUUCGACGCGGGCGAGAUCAACUACCUCCCUCCGCGCUUCGUGACGCGCGCGCCAAUGGUGAACCCCGGCAUUUACACCAAGCUGUACGCCGAGACGGCGGCACGCUUCGGAGGCCAGGUCGAGCUGCGUGCCGGAUGGCAAGGCCAGCGCCUGCCCGUCUUCUACCGCAUGAUGGACAAGGACUCCAACUGGGGCUACAGCAAGGGGCUGCUCACGCUCGUGCCCACGGCCCUCACCUUCAGCGUGCUCGGCUACCCGUUCAUCCUGCCGGACAUGAUCGGCGGCAACGCCUACGAGGGCGGCUUCCACGGCACCGACUUCCGGCCCGAAGAGGAACUGUACAUCCGCUGGCUCGAAGUCACCGCCUUCAUGCCGGUCAUGCAGUUCUCCAUCUCUCCCUGGCAGUACGCCGGUAACUCCACGCACGACGUGGUGGGAAUCUCGCGCCAUUACGCCGCGCUGCACGAGACCAUCGUGUCGGACCACAUCGUGCACUUCGCGCAUGAGGCCGUGCGCACGGGAUCGCCGGUCAUCCGGCCCAUCUGGUGGCUGGAGCCACGCGGCCACGAGGCGCUCACCAGCGACGACGAGUUUCUGAUCGGAGACCGCGUGCUGGUGGCCCCCGUCGUGCGCAAGGGCGCCUUGAAGCGCGACGUCUACGUGCCGGGGCCGGCGCUGACGUGGCGCGACGAGAUGACCGGCGAGCGCGUGGCCGGCGGCGGCUGGUUGCUCGACUAUCCCGUCCCCAUCGACAAGAUCCCUUGGUUUACCAGGGUGUAGUCACAGUGGUGGAGACGUAGUGCAUAAACGGCUCGGGUAGAGCAGUUAUAUCUCUGGGACCUUUUUUCCAGAAAGGGUAAAGCCUAUUGUUAAUUUGUUUUCCAUCAUGUAAAUCGCACACGAGCAUGCCUAUUUUGUGUGCUUGGUACGUAACGGUUUGCCCACCCUCGUUAUUUGAUAAUUUAUCACGAUUUGGCGUCGUCAUUUCACUCAAUUUUAAAACUGUGGUGAUUAAUAAUGACUUGAACUCAUAAGGCACUUUUUUACAAAUGUAGCACCUGUAAAGGCUGCAGAGGUCACAUAUAAACCAAUGACAACAUGUAUGAAUCAAACCUAUUUGGUGUUCAUCGAUGAGUGAGCGCAUUGUUACAUGCCUACUAUAUAGCAGGGGUGUAAUGAUGCAACAAUGAUUCUUCAGCUUACCAUGCAUUCAUCCUAUCAUGCGUGAGAGGCUCGCAUGACCUCUGCGGCCACUCGAGACGCUAUAAUGCACUACACUGUUAUAAAAUGUUUCUUGUAUCACCAGGGGGACACUUUUGGUAAUCAUGUCCAGUGUAUGUACAUUGUAAAAAUACUUUUUUUUCUUCAUCAACCAAGCACAACAAAUGCCUGCAACCUACAUGCAUAUCUCUAAACUGAUUGGAUGCUAAAAACAUCCAAUAAAAAAAUUAAUCCAAUCCAAGAAUCGUAAAAACUUAAGCCAACUUACUUUUGGGUUUGAUGGUAUAUUGGUUUUAUUAAGUGCCAAGUUUCGUCAAAUAAAUUAGUACCAAACUAAUUAUGUUAUUAUUUCUGCAAUGUAUUCUAAUGCAUGGACUUAAAUGUCUAUAUGAUAUGAUGACAGCAAUUAGCUUUGGAUGUUGCAAACACCACAGUUGCCUCUACCAUAAACAAACCAGAUCGAGCUACGUACCUCUAUUGAUGUAUGUACAGUGAGGAAAAAAAGCAUUUGAUCCCCUGCUGAUUUUGUACGUUUGCCCACUGACAAAUAAAUGAUCAGUCUAUAAUUUUAAUGGUAGGU